CUGUGACAGUCCCAAGCUGAGUUUGUCGUGAACCAGUCAAGUCCACUGCCCUGCAUUUUGUACACAUUGGGCAAGCGUUGUCCAUCAUCUGACGAACCCUUUAUACAUAAGACCAGUCCACAUCGAUCUCUUCCCAACUUUGCUUCUGUUUUUGGCCCUACUUCGAAUCUUCCCCCAUUGCCAACCAAACAAACAACAGCAAACACCUUGUCCAUAACAGUUCUCGAUACCUACCAAACCACACACAGAUACCAUCUCAACAACAGCAACCAUGUCUACAGUCUACGUCAAGAACAUCGGUGCCAAGACCGAGGAGAAGGACAUCCGUGCCUUCUUCAGCUUCUGCGGCAAGAUCAGUUCCCUCGAUGUCUUCACAGAAGGCGAGACCAAGUCCGCCACCGUGACCUUCGAAAAAGAGACCGCCGCCCGCACUGCUCUUCUUCUCGAUCACACCAAGCUUGGCGAGCACGAGCUCUCCGUCACCUCUGCUUCGGGAGAGCACGCCGAUUCUGGAGACGAUGCCCAUCCCAAGUCUGACGCCGACCGCGACACCGAUGAGAUCACACAGGAGGAGAAGCCGCGCUCGCGCGUCCUUGCCGAGUAUCUGGCCAACGGCUACCUCGUUGCUGACAGCGGCCUGAAGACGGCCAUCGCCCUCGACGAGAAGCACGGCGUUUCUCAGCGCUUCCUGUCGACGAUCCAGAACCUCGACCAGAAGUACCACGCGACCGACCGGGCCAAGACGGCCGACCAGAGCUACGGCAUCACUGCGCGGGCUAACUCCCUGUUCAGCGGUCUCUCAUCGUACUUUGAGAAGGCCCUGGAGGCUCCCGGCGCCAAGAAGAUUGUCGACUUCUACACGACCAGCGCCAAGCAGGUGCAGGACAUCCACAACGAGGCCAAGCGCCUCGCUGAGCUGAAGAAGGAGGAGGCCGGUGGCAGCUCAUACAAGGCUGCUGGUCUGGACAAGGUCUUCGGUGCCGAGAAGGCACCCGGCCAGGAGGGCAAGCCCAACGACCAGGUGCCCGGCGGUGCCCCUUCUGAUGCUGCUGCGACCGAGUCGAACCAGCAACCGAUUGCUCAGGGAGCGUACCCUGGAACUGCCGAGAAGAUCCCCCAGUAAAUGGAUGGCUCGAGGCGGAACGGAGGAGAAUCACUGGUUGAUGACACGUUGUUCGCAUGGUUAGCUGAGCCAGCAAGGUGUUGCCGUGGCUUUCGGUGGGGCUGUUUUCAUGACACUUUUAUGACUGUUUUGGGAUUGGGAUUUCAUUUUUGGCGUUCCUUUAGUCUUUAAAUAAGUAAUGAACGAACCUUCCAAGACUCAAGGCUUAUGACAGCAGCAGUU